CUCCGGGGUAUCGUCGCAUAUAAACGAAUUUCUCAAGGCGCAAAACUCGUACUGAAGCCCUUAAUCCCUCGGAAUACGCGAAAUCUCCCCAUCUUCCCAAGACCGCCAUCAUGGAGUCUUCUCGUGGCCCCCCAAGGGUCAAGAACAAGGCGCCCAGCGCCAUCCAAAUAUCUGCGGAGCAACUCCUUCGAGAAGCUGUCGAUCGCCAGGAGCCCGGCCUUCAAGCGCCAACUCAGCGGUUCUCUGACCUCGAGGAGCUUCAUGAGUUCCAAGGCAGGAAGCGCAAGGAGUUCGAGGAUUAUGUGAGGAGGAAUCGGAUUAAUAUGAACAAUUGGAUGCGAUAUGCGCAAUGGGAACUGGAACAGAAAGAAUUCAAGAGGGCUCGAUCAAUCUUUGAAAGAGCUCUGGAUGUUGAUUCGACAUCCGUCACACUAUGGAUCCGUUAUAUCGAAGCGGAGAUGAAGUCGAGGAAUAUCAACCAUGCUCGAAAUCUGUUGGAUCGUGCUGUCACGAUCUUGCCCCGUGUGGAUAAGCUUUGGUAUAAGUACGUCUAUAUGGAGGAGAUGCUCCAAAAUAUCCCAGGUACCCGACAGGUCUUCGAGAGGUGGAUGUCAUGGGAGCCGGAUGAGGGGGCUUGGAGUGCAUAUAUCAAAUUGGAGAAACGAUACGGCGAGUUUCAGAGAGCGCGAGAGAUCUUCCAAAGAUUUACUAUUGUUCACCCUGAGCCGAGAAAUUGGAUCAAGUGGGCAAGAUUCGAAGAGGAGUAUGGCACAAGCGACCUCGUGAGAGAAGUCUUUGGUACUGCUGUUGAGUCGCUGGGAGAGGAAUUUAUGGAUGAGCGGUUAUUCAUUGCAUACGCGAGAUACGAGACAAAGCUGAAGGAGUACGAGCGUGCUAGAGCCAUCUAUAAGUAUGCUCUAGAUCGCAUGCCCCGAUCGAAAUCCUUAACCCUUCAUAAGGCUUACACGACCUUUGAGAAGCAGUUUGGAGAUCGAGAAGGGGUGGAAGAUGUCAUUCUAUCAAAGCGAAGAGUUCUCUACGAGGAGCAGAUCAAGGAGAACCCGAAGAAUUACGAUGUCUGGUUCGACUAUGCUAGGCUAGAGGAGAUUUCAGGGGACGUGGAUCGGGUUCGGGACGUGUAUGAAAGAGCAAUUGCUCAAAUACCACCGACCCAGGAGAAGCGGCAUUGGAGACGUUAUAUCUACCUCUGGAUCUUCUAUGCUAUUUAUGAAGAGAUGGAGUCUAAGGAUGUGGAGCGUGCAAGGCAAAUCUACCAGGAGUGCUUGAAGCUGAUACCCCACAAGAGAUUUACCUUCGCUAAGAUCUGGCUCAUGAAGGCACAGUUUGAGAUUCGGCAACAUCAACUUGCAGCAGCCAGAAAGACGCUGGGUCAAGCCAUUGGCAUGUGCCCCAAGGAUAAGUUAUUCAAAGGGUAUAUUGAGCUCGAACUGAAACUGUUCGAAUUCGUUCGAUGUCGAACUCUAUAUGAGAAGCACAUAGAGUGGAAUCCCGCAAACUGCCAAGCGUGGAUCAAAUUCGCGGAGCUGGAGCGAGGCCUUGAUGAUUUGGAACGCACGCGAGCGAUCUUCGAACUAGCAAUCCAGCAGCCAGUUCUCGAUAUGCCAGAGCUUUUGUGGAAAGCAUACAUCGAUUUCGAAGAGGAGGAAGGCGAGUACGAGCGGACCCGAAAGCUCUACGAGAGAUUGUUGGAAAAGACAGAUCAUGUGAAGGUCUGGAUCAGCUAUGCUCAUUUCGAGAUCAACGUUCCAGAAGAAGACGAAGAGGAGGCCGAGGAGGAAGAAGAAGAGAAGCCGGUUAGCGAGAUGGCCAAGGCACGCGCGCGGAAGAUCUUCGAGCGAGCACUGAAGAGCAUGAAGGAUAAGGAGCUCAAGGAAGAGAGGGUCACCCUACUCAACGCCUGGCUCUCCUUCGAGAGGACGCAUGGGUCAGAAGAAGAUAUCGAGAAAGUGCAGAAGCAAAUGCCGCGGAAGACGAAGAGACGCCGCAAGCUGGACGACGACAGCUACGAGGAGUAUAUCGAUUAUGUAUUCCCGGCGGACGAUGUGCAGACCCAGAAGCUUUCCAACUUCUUGGCGCUGGCCCAAUCAUGGAAGCAGUCCGGUGGUACAAUUACUGGAGAUACGGUUACUGGGGAUGCUGCGAAUGAUAAUAAGUAGACGGGAACCUUGUGCUGGCUGGCUGGCGGAUAGGGGCAGGGCCGUUUCAUGUCUAAAUUGAUAGUGGCGAUUCGGAGCUAUGUAAUUUUAAGUCGAAGGCACUUCCAGCCACAUAAUGAUAACAUACACACCUACUGGCAAUAACAGGCCCACAAACACGUGAAGUU